AUGAAUGGGGAAUUGAGCUCGAAGCACGGAGUCAAUACGAUUCCAAAAGGAGAUUGUGCGGCGUGUGGAAAGCCAAUUAUUGGACAGGUCGUGAUCGCUUUGGGAAAAAUGUGGCACCCGGAGCACUACACAUGCUGUGAAUGCGGAACGGAACUCGGUCAACGUCCGUUCUUCGAGAGAAACGGACGUGCGUUCUGCGAGGAAGACUACCAUAACCAAUUCAGUCCAAAGUGUCAAGGAUGUCAUCGUGCUAUUACUGAUAGAUGUGUGAAUGUGAUGAACAAGAAUUUCCAUAUUGAAUGCUUCACCUGUGCCGAGUGCAACCAACCAUUUGGAGAAGACGGAUUCCAUGAGAAGAACGGCCAAACCUACUGCAAACGUGAUUUCUUCCGUCUAUUCGCACCAAAAUGCAACGGAUGCUCCCAACCAAUCACCUCAAACUUCAUCACGGCUCUCGGAACUCAUUGGCAUCCAGACUGCUUCGUUUGCCAGCACUGCGGAGUCGGUUUCAACGGUGGAAACUUCUUCGAGCACAACGGAACUCCAUUGUGUGAGCGACACUACCAUGAGACACGUGGAUCCAUCUGUUCACAGUGUCGUGGAGCCAUCAACGGGCGGUGUGUGGCGGCGAUGGGACGGAAGUUCCAUCCGGAGCACUUUAGAUGCUCAUACUGUAAUCAUCAGCUAACGAAAGGAACAUUCAAGGAAGUCGACCGUCGUCCAUUCUGUCAUAAGUGUUACAAUAAUACGUAUGCAUUGACUCCUGCCUAA